AUGAGGGAGGCGCUGCGCGGACGCUCGGGCAACCAGCCGGCCCCAGGCAGCCCCCUCCGCCCUGCUGCCCCCUCCAUGGCGCCGCCCGGGCACACCUGGUCCCACACCCGCGCCGCGCUGGGGCGGCUGGAGAAGUUACUGAGCUGCUCCCGCUGCGCCGGUGUCCUGCGGGAGCCCGUGUCCCUGGGGCAGUGCGAGCACGUCUUCUGCCUGUCCUGUGUGGGUGACUGUGUUGGCACCGAGUGCCCCGUGUGCCGCAUGCCAGCCUGGGUGCAGGACGCACAGAUCAACCGGCAGCUGGACAACAUGAUCCAGCUCUGCAGCAAGCUGCGGCAGCUCCUGAGCACCGACACCUCCGAUUCAGCAGAGGAUACAUCCACACCACCUGAGUCAGAGUUGGAAAAGAAGAGCAAGAAGGAGCAGAUAAAAAUGUGGUUCAGCCCAAGAAGCAGGAAGAUUCGAUGUGUUGUGAACAGGAAUCAGGCUGACACUAAAAGCAAUGACCUUGGUCAAGACACAUCUUCAGUUUAUGAUUUCUUCCCUUCCCCUCCUCAUGAAAAGCCCUCUAAGCCAACAAAAAGACCAACUCAGAGACAGAUUAAGAAGAUGAAGAAGAAACAUCUAGCAGACAUUAACAAAGUAUGGAGCUUAGAGAAACCUGAGCAGCAAAAAGCUGAGAAGGCUCCCAAGGACAAGAGUGUGACCAUCUGCAGUCAGCCAGUAGUGCUGUGCACUCAGGAAGCAGAGAGUCCUGAGGACAGACCUCAGCAGGAGUCUGCCAAGGAAGCUGACUCCAGCAGUAAUAAUAAUACAGAGGAUAUGGAAGUUCUGCCACAGGUAGAAUCUCCAGAGAAGAAAGGUAACAGUGAGGCUGUGUGCUCUGCACGGGACAGCAAGGAAAACAACGGUGCUGCAGAGGCAUUGCUGUCAAUAGCCAAUGAAGUGACACCCUUGAAACGUGCAAGGGGGCACUCCAGACUUCAGGGGACUCCUCAGGCUAAAAGAGCAAGGAGAGGUGAGAGGGGCAUUCCUGGGAAGGCAGGCAGGCAGGCUGAUGGCUUAGAGGAGUCUCUGCAGGGCUCCCCCAUCUCCCCAGCCACUGAACUGACACCAGUCCAGAUUUCUUCCUCUGCAUCCAAACUCACUGCCACUGGAAUGAAGACAAGAAGAUCUGCAGCCCUUCAAGCCAUUAACAGUCCUUCACUUUCAGAAUCUCCCUCUACCCCGUCCACUUCCAAGGGUUGCAGCCAAGUAGCAGCACCACUCAGUCCUUCUGUGGUGAAAUCCCCUGGUGUCAACUCAAUUGCCAGAAGAAAUUACAAGGGAGAGACUUUGCUCCAUGUUGCUUCCAUCAAGGGUGACUUAGCAGCUGUGGAGGAGCUGCUGAAAAAUGGGGCAGAUCCCAAUGUCAAAGAUAAUGCUGGCUGGACACCACUGCACGAGGCGUGUAACCACGGGCACAGGGAGGUGGUGGAGCUGCUGCUGCAGCACCGGGCGCUGGUGAACACCACGGGCUACCAGAACGACUCGCCGCUGCACGACGCCGCCAGGAACGGCCACCUGGCCGUGGUGGAGCUGCUGCUGCUGCACGGCGCCUCCCGGCACGCCGUUAAUAUAUUUGGUCUGCGGCCUGUGGACUACGCAGAAAGCAAAAAGAUGAAAUCUCUGCUAAUGUUACCAGUGAAGAAUGAAUCAUUUUCACUUACCCAGCCCUCUGAGGUGCUGAGCUCCAGCCAGCCAAGAAAUGGACCCCUUGGUAUACUGGGGAGCAAUCUUAGUGUGGAGCAGCAGAAAUUGCUGAACAAAUUAGCAGCAGUCCUGAAGGCCCAGAGGUGCACUGAAUUUAACAGCAGAGUAACUCACCUUGUUAUCCCUGAUGUUCCAAUGCCAACCACUGUCAAAUGCAUGAUGGCUGUUCUGACUGGAUGUUGGGUCCUCAAGUUUGAAUGGGUACAGGCCUGUCUGCAGAGCUCAGCUCGAGAGCAAGAGGAGAAGUACGAAGUGCAAGGUGGCCCCCGGCGCGGGCGGCUCAACCGGGAGCAGCUGCUGCCUAAGUUAUUUGAUGGAUGCUACUUCUAUUUUUUGGGACCUUUCAAACAGCACGAGAAGAGUGACCUGCUGGAGCUGGUGAAGGCAGCAGGUGGCCAGGUGCUGGUUAGGCAGCCCAAACCAGACAGUGACGUGACACAGGCCAUCAACACAGUGUCCUACCACGCAGAGCCCACCUCUGACCAGAGGCUCUGCACUCACUAUGUCAUCUAUGACGUGGCUUCCAAGUUCCAGCCGGAGAAAAUCCGGCAGGGCAAGGUGUGGAUGGCCCCCUCCAGCUGGCUCAUAGACUGUGUGAUGUCAUUUCAGCUCCUGCCUGUCAAGUGA